ACAGCGUUGUCGAUUUUACAGUACACUACUGUCGUGGUUUUUAUUUUAUUUUAUUAUUUUGAGUUGAAAUACCGUUGUGAAACUAUGUAAUAAAAUCAUAAAAGUGCAGUCUAAAAUAGUUAACUAUAGUCAGAUUGUAAAAUUCAGUGAACAAACGAAUUUAGUGUUAAUCUAUCUGGUAGCAUCAUGUCGACAACGACAAUACAAAAUCAAGCCAAGACUGGGAAUGCUACCCCGGCAAAGCCGCAAAAGAACUAUGGAAAGAUUGUGUUAACUUUGUACAACUGUCUUCUACCAGAAUCGGCCUUCAAAGAAACGCCAUCACAGGCCGACGGCCUUGAUAUAGAAACUGAGACUGAUUUACGUAUCUUAGGAUGUGAACUUAUUCAAACAGCUGGAAUCUUGCUCAAACUACCUCAGGUUGCAAUGGCUACAGGUCAGAUAUACUUGCAAAGGUUUUAUUACUCAAAAUCCUUUGUAAGAUACCCUAUGGAAGCAAUGGCUAUGGGUAGCAUUUACUUAGCUUCAAAGGUAGAGGAGAAACCAUGUAGAAUAAGAGAUGUCAUUAAUGUUUUCCACCACAUCAAGCAAGUCAGGGCACAGAGGACUAUAACACCCUUAAUAGUUGAUCAGAACUACAUAGAAUUGAAAAACCAAGUUAUAAAAGCAGAGAGACGUAUUCUGAAAGAACUAGGAUUUUGUGUUCAUGUGAAACAUCCCCAUAAACUCAUAGUAGUUUACUUACAACUUUUGCAAUAUGAGAAGAACCGCCAGCUAAUGCAAAUGUCAUGGAAUUACAUGAAUGAUGCACUACGGACUGAUGUUUUCAUGCGUUUUCCACCAGAAACUAUUGCUUGUGCUUGUAUAUAUUUGACGGCACGAAAAAUUGGGUUACCACUUCCAAAUAGUCCACAUUGGUUCUUGUUGUUUAAAGUCACUGAAGAAGAUAUCAAAGAGGUGUGUAAUAGAAUAUUACAACUUUAUAAAAGGGCUAAAGUAAAUCCUGAAGAGUUAGAUAGUAAAGUUGAUGCACUGAGGAAAGUUUAUCAAGCAAAUAAGAUAGCUCAGAGUCAGAAAGAUCAAGAACUAGCUAAGGCAAAUGAAAAGAAGGCAGAAUCUCCUGCAGCAUCAACAUCAAAAGACACAAGGAGAGAUUCUAAAAAAGAAAAGUCACCUAAAACUCCACCACUAUCUUCCAAGUACCACAGUAGUAGUCAUAAAUCAAAAAAAGACAGGCGUUCACGCUCACCUUAUGACAGAAAACGUGAAUAUUCAAGUAAGAGGCACAAAAGCCGCUCACGUGACCGUGAUGUUGAUCGUUCAAGAGAGAGAAGAUCUGAUGACAAACGCAGCCGUGGAUCAUCUAGGAAGUAUGAUGAUUAUGAUCGGUCAAAGUCCAGUAGGGAUGGUAGAGAUGAUAAGAGAAAACAUUAAUUAUAAUGAAGUCAUUUUAAUACUAAGUAAUAA